AUGCCUACCCUACCCCUCAUGCUUAGCACAGCACAAACAGCAAGGUGCUGCGAGAGCGCCUCUCUCAACGCUCUUGCUUCCCCUCUCGCCCUCAUCCCCUGCGUCCUCAUGGGCGAGCAGGAAGAGGUGUACGGGAGGGAGGUGCAGGUGGCGGACAGGGAGAUGGUGGAGAGCCGCGCAGCCCACCUGCUGCAGCUGGCCGCCAAGGAGGACGUCGCCUUCCUCGUUGUCGGCGACCCCUUCGGUGCAGCAGGUGCACUCACCGCACUCUCCUCAACUUCACUUCUUUUACACCGUCUACUCCCCUUCCCUCUUUCUCUCCCCCCAGUGCCCUGCCUAUGCACCGUCUCCCACAGUGCCAUGACACACACGGAUCUGAUGCUGAGGGUGAGGCAGAAGGGUGUGGCGGUAGUGGUGGUGCACAACGCCUCUGUGCUCAACGCCAUCGGCGCCACCGGCCUGCAGCUCUACAGGACCCGACUUUCCUUCCUCUUGUCCCCCGCCCUCCGCGUCCCUCUCACACCCGCUGCUCACCUCACCACACUCUGCAUCUUCCCCUCUUUCCUUCUCCCCUCUUUCCUUCUCCAACGGCUCCCUCCUGUGAAUUGCCCCUCUCGUGGUUCGGGUGCAUGCAGGGGCAGGAUAGAGUACAAGGCGCCGCGCUACAUGAGUGUCAACACGGCCAUCCGCACCUCUUCUCUUGCCCACACGCACCUCUUCUCUUGCCCACACGCACCUCUUCUCUUGCCCACACGCACCUCUUCUCUUGCAGUCCCCACAACCACAUGUCUUCUCCUCUGCGUUCCUCUCACCCAUCCCGUGCUCACCGCAUCUCUUGCAGUCUGCACACCGGACUCGCAGUGCAUUGUGUUUGGCAGCAUGCAGCAGCUCUCAGACGUCGACUUCGGCCCGCCUCUGCACUCGCUGGUGUGUGGCGCACUGCACGAGCUCAAGAAGGACUUUCUCGAUGCCUUUCGAGUCACGGAUGCCAUACCGAGGAUUGAGGCGGACUCAACAGGAAGCAGUGAGGAGGAUGAGAGCGAGAGGCCCAUCUUGUGA